CUGUGAUCGGAGAACAGAAUCCAAAGCUAAGCUACCAUUUCGGUCACUGUCCAUCUAUCCACCCACAACCCUUUAAGACUUUUAUAAUCUUUGGCCCUGAGAGACACUUGACAAAAUCCCAGAUCAGAUUUGGAGCUCUUUGUUUGUAAUUUAAACCAAAAGAAGCUAAGCAACAUGGUGAGCCUUUUUUCGAGGUUUUCUGUAAGCAGAAACGGUCAUCGUCGCUCCCAGACUACACUUGAUGAGAGGGAAGUGUUACCCCCAGACACGGAAGUAGCAGAAUCUUCCACAGUUGUUGGAGCGACGGCUACAACUAAUCAUGGUAUCGAGGUUGUCAUUGAGUUUAAGCCCGUUGACCACCCCACCGAGCCUCUUGACCAUGAUCAACCUGUUCACUGCCCAUUACCCGAACCUUCAAUUCUCAAUGACGGAAGAAUAUGGAAAGAACGUGUAAGUGCAGGGGUGCAGAGGAGGACAGACUUGUCCAUAGUGCAGGAAGGAGUGGGGCCCACACCCACACCCUCACCCCCAAGCCUACCCAUACCGCCACCAGAACCGCAGCCAGCUGCAGCAAAAUCUCAAAGAAGAACCAACCGUGUGAUAUUGCCAUCGAUCAGUGCACCUGAACAUAACAUUCUUAAGCUGCUAGAAGAAUCUGGGAUGUAAUUUUGCAAUUUCUUUCACUUGUUCAACACACGUAUAGGUUGGAAGACCUGCUAUUUAUUUUCCCUGGUGUCAUUAGUAUCAGUUAUCAGGGGCAUUUUGGUCAUUUACUUCAUUUUGUAUCGUUUUGAACAUACACAAGCACACAAAGACCAGUUUUGUAUGUAUAUUUCCCAUGUUAUAUUGAAGUUCCAAAUUAA